AUGUGGCUGAGGCGAUCCAAAACCCGAGCCCGGGUCCACAACGCCCCCUCGCCCAAAUUCGCCUGCUCCUCCUUCAAGGACGUCCAGACCCUCUUCUCCCCCGACGAUUUCGCCGCCUCCGCCCCCGGAGAUGGCAGUGGCAGCCCUCUCGGGUCCCCCUCCCAGCCCUCCAUCUGCCACCGCACCCGCAGCGUCAAGGCCCUCCUCCGCACACUCUCCCACCACGCGCCGCCGCCACCGGACGGCGGCGAAACCGCCUUCCCCGAGAUCCGAGUCCCCGGCGCUGCCGAUGAUUCCGUCGUGAUCUACUUCACGAGCCUCCGGGUCGUCCGCCGCACCUUCGAAGACUGCAAGGCCGUGCGGACGAUCCUGCGCGCCUUCCGCGUGCCGGUGGACGAGCGGGACGUGUCAAUGGACUCUGCCUUCAUGGAAGAGCUGCGAAGGAUCCUGGCCGUGCCGGGGAGGCCGAGGCCAAGGCCGACCCUGCCUAGGGUUUUCAUCGGUGGCAGGUACGUGGGUGGGGUGGAGGAGGUGAGGCGCCUCCAUGAGAGCGGGGAGCUGAAGAGCUAUAUGGAGAGGCUUCCGGCAGCUGCCCCCGGCACCUGCGAGUCUUGCGGCGGGUACAGGUUCAUCCUCUGCCCGGACUGCAGCGGGAGCCACAAGUGCUACAGUGAGAAAGCGGGCUUCAGGUGUUGUACCUCCUGCAAUGAGAAUGGUCUCGUCAGGUGCCCCUCUUGCUCCACUGCGCCCCUAUGA